CUUAAGAAUGAACUGCUCUGAAAUGUAUACAGGGGUUAAUCGUAUGAGUGCAAGGAUCUCCUCCAGAAAAGAUAUAUAGUUUAGUGUAUUCAGAGGCACGGGAGUUGAUGUUUAAAACUGCAAGGAUGGGAAGUUAUGCUACUGGAAAUGAUGAUGAUGGAGUCUGUAAAGAAAAGAGAUCUGAAAGCUGGACACUCAAAACUUCAAAAACAGAAUUGACUGAAAGAGCUGACUUCAUAAACAAUUUCUCUGAACCUCCUUCCCUGCAGCACAUUGCAGUAGUGUCGAUUGCAAUUAGGCUAUGUACGGCACCUGAUAUAAGGAAUGAACUGACGUCUUAUAUCUUAUGCGAUAUCGGAGGUAUAGCAGAGUUAGAGGGACGAAUAUUAGGCAAAUUGUUCGAUAGCCCUUUGCCCUCAUCCCUGCAGUCCGAAAUCUCAUACGUCGUUCGACCCAUUUGGUUGCAGUUGUUGAAAGCACUUCGUAGUUACUAUAGAUGGACAAGAUGGGAUAGAAAUCUCUGUGAGUUUUACAUGAAGCGUGGUAUAAUUUAUUGGACAGUUGAGGGGACAGUUGACGUAGCGAAAUCCUUUACGGAACUAUUCGAUAAUGGAAGCUUAGAAAGCUUAGAUAUUUGCGAUUUGUAUGCGACAGCUUGCUCUCACUGUUUAGGGGAAUAUGCUUCAAUUCUCUGGGAGAAAAUUCCAGAAGAACUUAGAAACCGAUUUAGAAUCGCUCGAUUCAGAGGAAUGUACAUUCAUUUUCGGAUGACAGAUAUAUACUAUGAUUUGAUUAUAUAUUGGACAUGUGUCCUCGAGAAUAAUUUAGGGAGUUUUCUAACUAGACUCAUAGAUCAAGAAAACAUAUACGAUGAUAAGCUUAGUAUUGAUGUAAAUAUGAUUGCUUGUUCGAUUCAGGUAGGUAACAUAGUUGCCCUAAAGUAUUUUUGGAAAAAAUUGUCGGAGCAGGAGAAAAAUGAUCAUUUGAGUAAAUGGCUUUUGCAAGCUACUCGACGUAUAGGAGCUCAAAAUCAUUCACUUUAUCUGGAUUCUUCAGAAGCUUUAGAUGUUUUAUGUUUUUUAUUAACUCAUGUCAAUCAUAUAACUCAAAUGACCGAAUUUUUUCGGAAUCAUUCUCGCGUAUUAGUGUUUUUGUUCGAAAGUUGGCCAUAUCAAAGAAUAUUCCUGUCCACUAUUUUUGAACUAUUGGAUCAUCUUCAAGAAGACAUUUAUUCAUGUAUAAUGCGGAAUAUCAGUUCUAACAUGGGUAAAAGUGGAAAUGAAAUGAUGAUUUUUGAAGAAAUAUGGAGUGCCAGUCCAUUAAGACUAAGACGAUCAUUUCUGAAAAAUGAAUUUCUUUGCUACGAAGUGUUGUUGCAUUUGCUGAAAUUAGAAAAUCUGAACAUGGCUGUUAGGUUAUUAAAUGAUGCUUCCGAAGAAGAAAUUAAACAAUUUAUCUGCUUUAUGUUUAGUUUGCCUGAAUUUAAGCGUGCAAUUUAUUCAAACAAUCUGAAUUCACUCCACAUGUUAUUAUCAAAAUCUACUUUGCCACCAGAAUGUUAUCCCUAUAAAAGGAAUGUUUUAGAGCAAAAAGAGCUUGAUACACUGAUGAAAUCGUGGUUUAUUGGAUAUGGAUCAUAUGGAGAUUGGCAUAUUUGUAUUGAGUGGAUAUGCGAUGGUAACAUCCAAGCAGCUGAGUCCUUCUUGAGAUGGAUUUAUCAAUCUGUACGAAUUGAGGCAUUUAAGAAAACUACAUCGUCUCCGUAUGUUUUCUAUUUGACAUUAAUAUUUUUGUCCAAUUAUGAGAGUGUGGACCAGUUUAUGAAUUGGUUUUUCGUGACGAGAGAGGAUAUUCAAGAAUUUAAAGUAGACUUUUUGCGAAAUUGGGAUAAUUAUUUUUUCAAGCGAUUCAUAGACAUGCCACUCAUUGUAUCAAAAACAAAAGGCGAUUUGUUGCAAAAAUUUAUAAACUACAACUUGUCUUCUCUUGAAAACAUUGCAGAAUUUCGACUUAUUUGUCGUAGUUGUAUAGAGUAUGCACUGAGUAAAGGUUUUUUCGAAAGUGCCACCUUGCUUUUGAAUGCAUCUUUUGAUAAUAUCAAUGAAGUGUGGCAGUACAAAAACGAACUUAUACUAUCUGAGAAAGGAAUUAAAAGGUUUCUGAUCUUAAAUCAAUCACUAACUGAUAAUGCCUGGAAUCAUGCGAAAGAAAUUGUAUUGUGGUCGUCGCCUCUAACCUUAAAUACAGUUAAAAAAUUAAAGUCACUAAUUCUGGAGCAAAAGACCAGUCACUCUUUCCAAGAUGAAUUGAAUCCACAGAUUUCGGCUCUCCUUGAUUUACUGGAGAAUGUUGUUGCGAAAGAUAGCUGAUGAUAGUUGAAAAUUUUUUUUUGCGAUCAUAAACGAAUGCAAAUAAAAGCAUGUU